GGGGAUUGUAGAACGAAGGUCGCUGGAUACCCUUUCUAGAAACCCAAGGGUUUGAGAGGGAGAGAAAUGGAGGAAGAGGAGCACGAGGUCUACGGUGGGGAAAUCCCGGACGAGGGGGAGAUGGAAGGAGACAUGGAUUCUCACCACGCCGACGUCGACAUGUCCACUGCUGAGGACGACGCCGUUAAGGAGCUGGACGAGAUGAAGAAGCGUUUGAAGGAGAUGGAAGAGGAAGCCGCCGCUCUUCGCGAAAUGCAGGCCAAGGUCGAGAAGGAAAUGGGUGCCGUUCAAGACCCUGCCAGUGCAGCUGCUUCUCAAGCAAACAAGGAGGAGACAGAUUCACGAUCGGUGUUUGUUGGCAAUGUUGAUUAUGCUUGCACACCUGAAGAAGUGCAGCAACACUUUCAAUCAUGUGGCACAGUAAACAGGGUGACUAUUCUGACAGAUAAAUUUGGCCAGCCAAAGGGUUUUGCUUAUGUGGAAUUUCUUGAGACAGAAGCUGUUCAAGAGGCCCUUGUUCUGAAUGAGUCCGAAUUACAUGGUCGCCAAUUGAAGGUUUUGCCUAAAAGGACCAAUGUUCCUGGGAUGAAGCAGUAUCGUCCAAGGCGUUUUAAUCCUUACAUGGGGGGCCGAUUUAGGAGGCCAUAUGUACCUCCUUAUUUCUUCUCCCCUUAUGGAUAUGGCAAGGUUCCAAGGUUCAGAAGACCAACAAGAUACAUGCCUUACUACUAGGAGCUCAUUUGCAUCUUCAGACUUUCGAUUCGGAUGCUUUAAUCCAAGGUUCAAAAGUCCAACACGAAGAUCAUUUGCAUAUUUAGACUAUUCAUGUUUGAUGGAUGCUGUCCCAUCAGGACAACCUAGAACUAUCCAUAUAUCUACCCCUCUCCCCCAAACAAAGAAGUAAAAAAUUGAUCUCUAGAGAACAUGAAAUGCAGAUAUUUUUGUCUGUGCGCCAUCUACUGUUAUAUUAAUGGAUAAUCAAGUAUAUGUUAAAAAUGAAAAUUGAAUUUCUCGGGGGCUUCGGAGAA